AUGGAUGCGGUGAAGAAAAGAAGCCUAAAAAGAGCCAUCAAACGUGCCCAGCGCGAUGGCACCUGCUGGUACAGAGGCAAAUGCUACACGGCUGGUGACUUCAAAACGACUGCUGUGCCUGCAGCAACUGCUGCUGAUCAUGCCCAUGUAAAGCCGAGACCCACUCCUGCGGUCUCUGAUCAAUCCAAAUGCAACGCCCGACAUCAGAAUAAGCGCUACCUGCGCUAUUUGUGUUGGAACGGAGGUGGCCUGAGCCAACAUCGCCUGGACGAACUGAAACUCUGGUGUCGAGGUCAAUGCAUUGACAUUUUGAUUAUCCCGGAGACCAGAUGGCAAUUUUCCAACGAGUGGAGUGAUCCUCAUUGGAUGCAUGUGCAUUCUGGGCAUCCGACACAGACAGGAAUGUCCUUCUUUUGGCAGGAGAUUUCAAUUGCAGCCUUCCUGCGGCUCAUGGCCACGUGGGAUGUGAUGGCUUCCUAUGGCAUCGGACUCAUCAUCAGGUUGAGAAGGCAUUGGAUUCCACCACAAGCGACGGACACCACAUCAGGCAUCUCUGCACAACAACGGGCUGCUGGCAGACUGGCCCAUGCUGCACAAACCAAAGAGUGGCACGAGUUCAUGACGGCCUCAGCUGAGCGUAUUGAUGCCUAUCUUGCCCAGGCUGAUCCAAGGGAUCCCAACCUUUUUUCUGAAUUGCAUCAGAUUGCAGGGAAUGUUUUCAAUGCUUCCUUUCCAUCCUUGCCUCGACAGACUGCUGACACCCCUGUGGCAAUCAUGCAUGAAUUUGUGCGCUGUACCUGGAAGGGAUCUCCAACUGUCCCCAAAGUGCCUUGUGACAUGACAGGACUUCCGUUCACCUUAGAGGAGCUCAGCCGGGCGCUGCGCGAGAUACCCAUCUCCAAGGCUGUUGCCAAGCCUUUCAGCCCUGGUCUGAUUUGGCAUGCUCACUCGCACCUUUUAGCGGGACAUUUGUACAGAAUUUUGCAACAGCUCUGGACGCAAGCUGAGCCAGUAGUCCCAGCUUGCUGGAGAGACGCCUGGCUUUUGCUCAUCCCGAAACCAUUGAAGAAACCAAGUCAUCCGGGCUCCUUGAGGCCCUUGGCGCUCCAGGAACCUAUAGGAUUGACCAUCAACACUUCCAAAUCAGCAAUUCUCCUCACCAUGGGUGGCACCAGCUACCGCCAUGUCCGUUCGGCACUGACCUCUCGCGAUCAUGAAGGAGAAUGGAUCAAAAUCAGAGGAUGCGUGCAGGAGUUUGUGCUUCCGGUUGUCAAGCAAACCAAAUAUCUUGGCACCCUGAUUAGCUAUCAGCAGUUUGAACUUGCCACCACCAGACACAGAUUGAGCCUUGCAAAACUUGCCUUCAACCGCCUGAAGCGCUGGCUCACCGCCAGACGGGGUCUUGCUGCAGAUGCACGCAUGCGAUUGUGGACAACAUGUGUACUUCCAAUUUUGACAUAUGGCAUUUUCACUGUCGGCCUCACCAAAACCUGUUUGCAGCUGCUGCAGCAGACCAUGUUUUCGAUGCUGCGACAAGUUCAUCAUGAUCAUGCUUUUACCACAGGUAGGACACAUGCAGAUGCACUGACAUUUCAUAACCUUGAAUCCCCGCUGCGGUUGCUAUGGAGAGCUGCUGACUCUCUGCAUCGGUCUGUUACCAAGCCCCCCUUGUAUCGGCAUGCAGAUGAUCUGAGCACUCAACUGGAUUGGACACCCUUGCAAAGCAUGAAGGAUUUGAUCCAGCAUGAACUUGACCUAGGUUUGGUAGUCCACGGACCUGUGAUGCCAGGAGACGAGGCUGACACUGUGGCUUUGCGCACUGCCCGACCUGUGGCACCAUUUCCUGAGCAGUCGAUGAGCCAGCCUGCCACUCGGACUGCUGAUACCCAGCCUGCAGGAUCAACUUUGAAGUUGACCAAGCAUGAGAUGGAUGCGAUUCACCGCCAUGAGUUUGGACCCCGUUUGCUGACCCUGAUUCACCAGCGUCGCUGGCCUGACCUGCUGCGUGAACGGGCUGGCCUUCGUAGCCACAUCAACCAGGGGCGCUGCUUGCAAUAUGACCCAGAUGCCUCUACAAUGCCUUCAGCAGUCUUGAGCACAUGGAAAUCAGCUUGCUGCAAUGGACAGUUUGAGUCAAUUUUGUCGGACUCCCGCAACAGGAUGAGAUUGACACUGCAUUGCCAAUGCUGUCCCAAACGAUGCACUCGAUCUGCGGACCUGUCGGCCCACUUGCAAAGUUCUCACUCCAGCCUUUGGAAUGAGGCCAAACCGUUGGUGCACUACAUGGUCCAGAGGUACUACAAGACCUUGGGCUGCAUUUGCAACCCGUCUUGCAAUGUGGUUCGACUGCAACAUAUAUGCCUGCCAUUUUGGCAACUGGCAAUGCAAUUCCACCGGCUUCCCAUGGCCAUCUUCAUGCCGGCCAAGCUGACCAUGACCGAACUAGCCAGGGCUCUCCCACAGCACAUUCCUGCUGAUUUGCGCUGCACAGUGGAACAGGCUCUCUUGCGGUACGACCUUGGGACGCUCUGGACAGAUGCCUUGCUUUUGGAUGCCUGCAGCAGCACUUGCUUCUUUUGUGGCAUUGACCUGCUGGCGAUGGAUCUUUUCUAUCAUUUGCAUGAGGCACACCAGGGAAUGCAUCCGGUUGUAAAGACAUAUGUUGCACAACUGCUUCAACAUGCCAUGGAUCACAGUGACAAUGAUUGUGCCUGUUUUGCAUGUGGCCAGAUUUCAAUACACCGGCUGUUGAGCCUGCGUCCCAAACCUGCCCAUCCAGACAGCAGCUGGUUCAAGCUCACUUGCGAGCUCAGUGUCCGAGCAUUUUGCAACUUGCGUUAUUGCUCACACACGUUCAUCAUGGAACUCCAAGAUUGGCAGAUGGGCCAAGAGGGAGCCUUGAGCCAGAUGCUGCAGACCUUCCAAAACCUGGCGCCGAUGCUGGACACAGGGCUGAAGCUUUCUCCCAACCCAGCGGCACCCAAACGACAACGCAGACAGGACGGGGCCAUAAAGCCAAAGGAAGAAAGCUCUCAGCAGGGGCACGGGCAAGACGCCCAUCUCGACCAACAAAAACUGCUGAUCCUGAUGGCCAAGCUGCUGCUUCGGGUGGACCGAGACUUGCAGGUGAUCCAUCGAGAGACAACAUUCAUCUUCUACUUCAGCUGCAAGGAUCCAAAGGGCGUUCUCCCACUGAUGCUGCAAGAGGCGGAGACCUGGCAUCAAGCAUCCACGGAGAAUGCAUCGACGUGGAAGAGACCCCUGCGCCAGGUUUUGCUCCAGACCCUGCUCACAGCGCUGACGACUCGGGUCCACAAGCUUCUGGAGGCCCCGGAGGAUUCCCCACUGAUGGAGGCGGCCAAGAGCUCCAGGAUUCUCUUGGAGAACAAGACCAUACCAUUCAUGGAAUGGAACCCGCAGGAACAGAAGCUCCAGGUCUCACAGAAGACGCCCGUCAGUCUGGCCAAAAUGAGCGAGCACUGUCUGGAACUCCAGGACGGCUUCAAGGAUCCAACCUUGAUUCAGAAGUUCCACUCACUGCCGGCAAAACCGGACUCAGCAGUGACACCAUGGAGACUUCAGAUGUCAUCCCGGGAGGCCAGGACCUACGAACUCAUGCUCCAUCUUGCGUACUCCCAGGUCUGGACGCUCUUGGCCACCAGUCUCAAGCAGCACAACCUGUACCAGAGUUCCCUGGCGGCCACCAUCGAGCAGAAUCUGGGACUCCGCCCCAAGGGACAGGGGAAAGGGAAGCAGAAAGGGAAGGGUCACAAGGCCAACCAGGCCAAACCAGUGGAUGGGAUGCACACGGCUCUGCUCCAUCCGACCACCUGUAUCUGCGUUCACGUGGACAGAUGCGUGAUGGGCCCAGAUAUGACAGUUCACAAGUGCCUGAGCAGGAUUCAGCUUGAUGAAGAGUGUUUCUUUCCGGUCUUUGCAGAUGGGACGAUUCAGAGUGAUUUUCAUGCCUACACUGUCAUUGCGGCAAUGGCUCAUCUGGGACAUGAUGGCUCCGGGCAUUACAGGGCUGCUUUGCGUCUUCGUCCCAUGGUCCAAAAUCACACAAAUCCCAUUCAAUGGCUGGUCACAGAUGACUGGCGUGCACCGGAGGCGGUCUGGACCCUCCAAGAUUGGUUGCUUGAGAAUGUGACGUUGGUUUGGCUGGCGAGAUCAGAUUCCAUUCGCCUGCCAUUUUACCGACAGGACAUGCAGCUGCCUCGAACCUCAGUUCCGAGUGAAUACACCAGCACUGGCGCUUUGUCUGUGUGGGGAUGGACCUUCACAAUCUUCUGCACCUGGACUGGUUUCGUCCUCCUCUUUGUGGGCAUCUGUUGGGUCAUCAGCCUUCCGCGGAAAGUCGCAGCACAGUGGAGAACCAUUCGUCGGCGACGAACCCCGAGUGAGACUUUGGUGUAG